AGGGCAGAGAGGAAAAUUAACAGACUGACGUGUUUGCUUCCUUCUUCACUCCUCAGAGGAACACGUCUUGGUCCUGGUUCUGCAGAGAUUCCAGGCUCCAGAGUGCACCGUGCAUUGGCUUCACCAGAUAUCCACAACAUCUUGAUCACAGAAUCCUAUCGCCUCAAAUUCAACAGAGGUGGGAGCAGAAAUCACAAGUUCAUGCAGCUCUGAUGUUCAGGGAAACUGGAAAAUGGACAGUCUCUUCUCCACAGUUCCACACGCUGCCACUGCUCAACCCGUCAAUGGGAGAACUGGGGCCGGGAGGAAACGUUCCUCAGCUGAGGGCAGUAACGGGCACACGUCCUGUUACAGGCCCAGGAAGCGUAAGCGGCCUGUUCCACCUAAGAGCGCCCUCGUGCAGCUGAAUGAGAUCAAACCAGGACUGCAGUACAAACUGCUCUCUCAAACCGGGCCGGUCCACACUCCUGUCUUUGUCAUGACCGUGGAGGUCAACGGGAAGCUGUUUGAAGGGUCGGGACCGACCAAAAAAAAGGCCAAGCUGAAUGCAGCAGAGAAAGCCCUGCACUCAUUAGCCCAGUUCUCUUCCGUAUCUGAAGGCCCCAGGACCCUGAGCAGGACUCUAUCUGUUCAUACAGACUUCACCUUGGACCAAACUGACUUUCCAGACUUGUUCUUUAAUGCUUUUGAGAAAUAUCCCCCUGUAAAAGACACCUUUUACCUCUCUACCAACAAUAUCUGUACCUUCAGCUCAGUGGGAUUUAAGUACUCGUUUCAUUCCCCUGUCCAAAAACAUCCCUCCACCUCUACAAGUGGCAAGAACCCUGUGAUGAUCCUGAACGAGCUGCAGCCGGGUCUCAAGUAUGACUUUGUGUCCGAGAGUGGGGAAAGUCACUCAAAGAACUUUGUGGUGUCAGUGACAGUGAACGCUCAGAGUUUCCAGGGUUCGGGGCGGAAUAAGAGGCUGGCCAAGGCUCGGGCUGCCCAAGCUGCUCUGUCUGCUCUGUUCAACAUGCAGCUGGAUCAGGUUCCGUCACGGAGACCAGUAACGGGAGAGGGACUGCAGCUCCACCUGCCACAGGUCCUGGCAGACACCAUCUCUCGUCUGAUCACUGACGAGUUCAGCAAACUGACGGAUCAUUUCACAUCUCCACACGCUCAGCGGAAAGUCUUGGCAGGUGUCGUAAUGACGGCAGGCACAGAUUUAAAGAAGGCUCAGGUCAUAUGUGUGUCCACGGGAACUAAGUGUAUUAACGGUGAAUACAUGAGUGACAGAGGUUUGGCCCUGAAUGACUGCCAUGCUGAGGUUGUUGCACGAAGGUCCCUCAUCAGAUUCCUGUACUCGCAGCUGGAGCUCUUCCUCAGUAACAACAAAGAGGAGCACCAGAAAUCCAUCUUCAUCAGAUGUGACAACGACCGUGGUUUCAGACUGAAGGAGAACAUCCAGUUCCACCUGUACAUCAGCACGUCGCCCUGUGGAGACGCCCGCAUCUUCUCUCCUCACGACGCCGCCAUGGACGAUAAAGGAGAACAGCAGCCAGGCAGAAAGACUCGUGGGCAACUCCGGACUAAAAUCCAGUCCGGUGAAGGAACCGUUCUGGUUCGCCACUCCAGUGACAUCAGUCAAACGUGGGACGGAGUUCAUCAGGGCGAGAGGCUGCUCACCAUGUCCUGCAGUGACAAGAUCACCAGGUGGAACGUGCUCGGUCUCCAAGGUUCUCUGCUGAAUUACUUCGUUGAGUCCAUUUACUUCUCCAGCAUUAUCCUGGGCAGCCUGUACCACGCUGACCACCUCUGCAGAGCCGUGUACCAGAGGAUCUGUCCAAUCCAGGACCUGCCACAGACCUUCCGCUUAAACAGACCUCUGCUCAGUGGAAUCAGUAACGUCGAGGCUCGUCAGCCAGGAAAAGCACCACAUUUCAGUGUGAACUGGACGGUCGGGGAUCAAGGGCCGGAGGUGAUCAAUGCUACCACAGGAAGAGACGAUCUGGGUCGACCCUCUAGACUCUGUAAACACGCCCUCUACAGGCGCUGGAUGAACCUGCACUGCAAGCUGUCCUCCACUCUACGGAUCCGAAUAUCGACGUCCAGCAGCUACUAUGAGGCCAAGAAGGCAGCGCUGGAUUAUCACCUCGCUAAAGAGACUCUCUUCAGAACCUUCCAGAAAGUUGGACUGGGUGUGUGGAUGAAGAAACCAGUAGAGCAGGAUCAGUUUUCAUUGUCCACUCCAUCAACUGAACUUGUUUCUGUACCUGUGACACCAACUGCACGCCUGACAGAGGGAUCCCUCCUCUGUGGCUCUUCCUGAGGUUUCUCCCAUUUUUUCUCCACACAAUGUCAGACUCUCACAUAAAUACAGAGGGUGUCACUUUCUGUAUAGACUGUAAAGCCCUUUGAGGAAAAUACAAUACAAUUGUAUUUGUGAUGUUAGGCUGUGUGAAUAAAAUUGACUUGACUUAAGUCAUGUUGGAUAUAGUUGUAUUUAAAGUAGGG